GUGAAUAUAAUCAAAAUGGUACGAAGAUAGGCAGAUGGGAAAUAUUAAAUUUAGAAUUUGAAAACAAGCUAUGGUAACAGUAUUAAUUAAGCUUUUUAGUGGUUGUAUAAAUUAUGAUGAAAAUGGUAAGGAAAUUUAUAGGAGUGAAAAGUAUUAAGAUAUAUUAAAGUUUUAGUAAUAGUAUUUUAUAGAUUGGGUCAUUUUCUAAAGGUAUAAAGGUUGGUAGAUGGUAGAUUAUAUAUUAAGCUAAUGGAAAAAAGGAUUAUAAAUAAAUGUAAAAAUUAUUUAUUAAGGUAAAUAUAGUGGUGGUGGAUCUUAUAAUUUAGAAGGUAAUUUAAAAAAGAUAGGAAAAUGGGAAGAAUUGGAUGAAGGGUUUAAUAAUUAAAAAUAAGUCAUUUACAAGGGUGAAUAUAAUUAAAAUGGUAUCAAAUAAGGAAGAUGGGAUAUUAUGUUCGAUAGUUAGGGUAAAAGUGAAUAUAAAUUAAUGUAACACUUUAUCUUAAAAGGGAAAUAAUUAGUGGUGGUGGAUCUUAUGAUUUAGAAGGAAAUUUGAAAAAGAUAGGAAUAUGGAUUGAAUUGGAUGAAGGAUUUAAUAAUUAAAAAUAAAUCAUCUAUACUGGUGAAUAUAACAUUAAUGUUAUUAAAUAAGGAAGAUGGGAUAUUUUGUUCGAUAAUUUGGGUAAAAGUGACUAUAAAUUAAUGUAAAAAUUAUAAAGUAAUAGGGUAAUAUUUAGUGGUGGUGGAUCAUAUGAUUUAGAAGGUAAUUAGAAAAAGAUAGGAAAAUGGGAAGAUUUGGAUGAAGGAUUUAAUAAAUAAAAAUUAGUUAUUUACAAAGGUGAAUAUAAUCUUAAAGGUAUUAAGAUAGGGAAAUGGGAUAUUAUGUUUGAUAGAUGGGGUACAGGUGACUAUAAUUAAAUGUAAGAAUGCUAUAAGUAUAAGGAAUGUAUAGUGGUGGUGGUUCAUAUGAUUUAGAAGGAAAUUAGUAAAAAUUAGGAUAUUGGGUAGAUUUAGAUGAUGAAUUUUCAAUUUGUAAACAAGUUACAAAUUAAGGUGAUUAUAAUGUGCUUGGUAAAAAAACAGGUAUUUGGAUGAAGAAGGAUUUAGUACACAAUUUUUAUUAUGAUAAAAUAAAUUAUGAUUAUUGA